AUCACUGACUCUCCCAAACCUCACAGAAUGGACGUGUCUUCUCCUUUCUUCAGCUACUUCACACAAAACUCCUGGAGCUGCUUGAGCUCAGACUCUGAAUUCAACGACAUCUUAUCUCCUGAAGCAGUUUCUCCUACUUCCUACAUGGACUUCUCUCCUUCAGCCCAGCUUCAAAACAGCUGUUCUCCACCUCCCGGAGGUGUAAAGUUGCCCACAUCGGGUUCCUUACAUCAGGACGGCCCACAUUCCCGAGUAGGAGCUAGAAGAACACGCUGCAAGAACCCAAGCAAGCAAAGACAGAGCGCCAGCGAGAAGGAGAAGCUCAGAAUGAGGGACUUGACCAAAGCUCUCCACCACCUCAGGACUUAUUUACCUCCUUCCGUGGCUCCUGUCGGUCAAACAUUGACGAAGAUUGAGACGCUCCGCCUCACCAUCCGCUACAUCUCUUAUCUGUCUGCUCAACUAGGCCUCAGCGAGGAGUCUCUCUGCCAGAUGAGGGGCCUGAGCGCUACAUACCAAGAAUUGUCUCAAAAUCAGGGCUAUUCAACACCAGAGUACUGGAGACUCAACACAUCACAUGAAGAACUGUCUCAAAGCACCUUCAGACCUUCAGAGCAUGUGUUGAGGAAGAUAGGGAUGGACAGUCAUCAGGUCUGCACGAGCAUGGAAACACCGUCACAUGAUGAUUCCUUCAACUCCAGCUCUGAAUCUCUUCAGGAAGGCCCUUUGUAUGCAGAUACAGCCACAACAUACCAGGUUUACAACAAAGCUGUCCGCUGUCCAAUUGCACCGGAAUUCUGGGGAUGAAACUGUCAUCCAACUUAUACAUAUAUAUAUAUAUAUAU